UCUCUUGCCUCUCCUCAGCUCCAGGCACGUACAGCUGGCAGAACUCCCUGCUCAUUCAGACAGUGCCACACUUGCUGUUCUCAGGUGUGUUCACUCUUGCUUUCCACCAGACAUCAUUGAUAUCAAGCCAUCUAAGUAUAGGGAACCUGGUUCUGAUAACCUAGUCAAGACGUAGGAAGCUAACCAGAGAAAGACUCUCCAGACCUCAACGACUUUAUUAAAGAGUUUUGAUUUCAAUCAUGGAGACUGAGCAGGGCACCCCUAGCAACCAAUCAGCAACUGUCACCAAUUCUGAGAGCAAGAAAACCCAAGAAAAAUGGAAGAAAGGAGGCCGGCUAUUGUCUGGACUGGUAGGCUCCAACGUAUUGCUGUUCAGCAGCACUUUGGUGACCUGUGUCUUUACGAAGGACUUGGAAAUCUGGGAAACCGAUUUGCUAAUAUUUCUGUGCAUUGUGUUGAUUAUGUGCACCGCGUGGAUGAUCUUUCAGAUGUAUUUCUCCUGGAAGCACAAAAAUGCCAUUCUGUACAAAGACGGCCAUGCGGGCCCAAUCUGGAUGAGAGGAGGCAUUGUUCUAUUUGGAACAGGAACCCUCAUUAUGACUAUUCUAAGGAUUGGCCAUGCUGUGGAAUAUCUCGACUGUGAAACCCCUAUGAAAAUCGUUCAUCCUGUUAUACAAGCAGUGUUUGUUAUCACACAGACAUGCUUCCUUUGGGUCUCCUGCAAACACUGUGUCCAGAUCUACAUGAAUGCCACCAGGUGCGGUUUGAUGGUUCUGAUGUCCAUAAAUCUUAUCCUGUGGGUGAUAGCAGUGACAGAAGAAGCUCGGUAUCACACCAUUGAAAUCCAGAGAUAUCUGCAGAGGAAUGCUACCCUGAACAACAGCAACGAGUCAGAAGAGGCGAUAGUUCAUGUGGAAGAUGAAUACAGUUGUAGCUGCCAGUCUGUGUGCAAGUUCUUACCCACUGAGUAUUAUUACCUGUACCCUUUCAACAUUGAAUACAAUCUCUUCGCUGCAGCCAUGUUAUAUAUUAUGUGGAAGAACGUGGGCCGUCAAAUUGAUGACAGUGGUUCCCAGCACUUUGGGUUGGGCCCUGGGGUGCGUAAACAUAUCCCCCUUUUUGGACUGGUCACUGGAGUGUCAGUUCUAGUCACUGGCCUGGUGAUGUUUAUACUAUACGAAGUGGGCAGAGAAAAAGCUGCAAAGCGAUGGCUGUCCUUGACUACUUUUUAUAUUUUCCAUGUGAUUUGCUUGGGGCUGAUGUGUACAGCCAACCUGGUGGGCAUCAUCAUCUUUAAAUUGGACAAGAGGAGUAUGGACAAUGAGAAGAACCCCAGCCGCACCCUGGAUAUGGCUCUGCUGCUAGGUGCCACCCUGGCUCAGUAUGGGAUCUCAUACUACUCUAUCAUAGCCAUGAUUGCCACCACCCCAUUUACUGUUCUGAACUUCCUGACUCUUGUCUAUUCACUUUUAAUGAUUAUACAACACUCCCUUCAGAAUGUUUUCAUCAUCAAGGGCCUAUACCGUCUCCCACCCAUCUAUGGACAUAGACAAACGGAGAUCAAUAAAUUACCAAAAUACCCAGAAGCCAUCCAGGAAAGUACUACUGAGGAAAUUGAGGGCCCACACUCCGUUACUUAUGCUCCCCAACCUCAAGACCAUGUCCCAGUUCCAAGAAUGACCAGAAGAGCCACGCUGGCAGCCCAGCUUAAGACACAUCUAAAAAAGAGAAAAGUAAUGAAGGAUAUUUACCUCUUCCUCUUCCUCAGUAACAUCAUUUUCUGGAUCAUGCCUGCUUUCGGAGCCCGAAUCAUGUUUGACACAGGGAUGGAAGUGAGGUUUUAUGGAUUUACUAUCUGGGCUGUGAUCACAAACAUUUGCCUGCCUUUUGGAAUCUUCUACAGAAUGCAUGCGGCAGCCAGCUUGUUGGAGUUAUAUAGCAUGUCCUAAAGGUGGGGCAGAACCCAAGCCUUAUAAACUGAUCCUCUGAAAGACUUUGUUUCAAGACCUCUAAAUGGUACCUCCACGAGGAUGAGAUUUAGGAAAAGCAUGGACAAAUUGAACACGUCUAUGGGAGGAGUAAAAAGCAGAAGGAAGUGAACUCAAAGACAGGCAAAGGAGUUUGUCUAUUAGUUAAGAUAAAUGGUGUUCAGGCAUUCCUUUGUCUAUGUUUACUACUGCACCAUUUCCAGGCAAUUUCAUUUAGAAAACUUGUCGGCAAAACCUUGAGGAGGAGGCAACAUGAAGAUCUUCAAGGAAGAAGACCACUAUGGAAAGAAGGUGAGGUGUCCACCAAACAAUGAAGAAUGCAUCCAAGUACUUCUUCCCUUUUCUCCAUUGUGCAUCAGUCCCAUCAUCCUGUCCUGCUAACAGUGGAAGAUGUAUCAUUGUUUUGUUAGUGUACACUCUGAUCUGCCAUAUUAAAUCUUUGCUAAUAGGAGAAAAACCAUCUAAGCCCAUGCCCAUGAUUUUUGAUAGACAUAAAUUGUGGCUCUCUGGCUGUUUCUGAUCUACAAUUGCCAACUGCAAAGCAUUGUAAACUGAUAGUGGCUAGAGAUUCAUUGGCUGCUGUUCUGUAAUUUGUCCAAUUUUUUUUUUUACUUCAAACUCAAAUGUGACACCUAAUGGUCACAAGACAGUAUUACUAACAGCCUUCCAAUGUUCUCUUGCUCUCUCUGAAUAUUCAUUUGUUUGAUGUUUCUUUUAUGGUUAAUUGAAUACUAUUCCUAGUUCAAAUAUUAAAAUAUAAAGUUCCUAUUUUUGUAAUCCAUAAUGAUUAGUAAAAUACCAUAAUAUUGGAAAACUGUUAUUUGGAAAUGUUAUAGUCACUUUUUUUUAUUUGAAUAAGGUAGUAUAUUUCCUGUAACGUGUUUCUGUCAAUCUCCUAACGUGCAGCAGUCCUGCCCUGCUUUAUGGCUGAGAUUCUAGCUAUCUUUAUAACAGAUCCUAUGUGAAAGCACCUGUUUACAACCAAUGUAGGUUUUUAGCAUCCUUAUGUCUAAUAAAAUCUUUGGAUAAAGGUA